AUUCGAACCUUCGCUCUCCAGACUGCGGAAAUCUCAGCACAGGAAGGACCAGGAGAUGGGCUCUUGUUGUUUCCCUCCGCUGGCCUGGCUGGCCGUCCUCUGCGCGGUGCUGGCCGGACUGGAGCUGACCGCCACUCUGGCCACUGCGGACCAUGGCUUCAUCCGAGACAUUGAGCUGUCAUCCGGAGGCUUUGAGAAGAGGGAAGCCAUCGGCACAGGCGCCCAGCAGCUCCGGGAGGACCAGGAUGAAGGUGUUCUCCAGCUAGCCAGGGAGGAGUCCACUGAUCGCGGUGGAAACGACUGGGCAGACAAGGUCAGCAGCCAGUCGGCCAGAGCUCGCAGAGUUCUCAAUGAGGCUCAGGUGCAGGAGGACACCAGGAAGAAGAUGAGCUUUUUGAACCCCAAUUAUGACGCAAACACUCUUAGGGACACCGGCGAACGGUCAGGACGGGGUGAGCACGUCAUUAACAACGGCGUCCUGAAAUUCUGCAAAAAUGUCAUCAACGAGUUUGUUAAUGAAAAAAUGCAGCCUAUUCUAACUACUCUAGAGGAACUGAAACCCAAACUUGACAAGACUAGGAAGCUGUACAAAAACUGCUACAGCCCUCUGCCAGAGAAUUAUAAAUACACCAUUGAACAAGAGAUGGUGGUGCACUUUGGCAAAAAUGAGCCGUAUAUUAACGCCAACGCUAUC